AUGAGGAUUGAUCCCAUUCCAAACCCUCCUUCUUCCAACUCCCCUCCUCCAGUGGUUCAUUCCUCCCUUAAUGAUCCUCCGUUGCUCUCGCCUCAGUGCUCCUCCCACCGCAAAGCGAUGAGCGUGUAUGCUGCAUUGCUUCUUGCUGGUAAUCCUUUGGCUGGCAGUGGCAAUAAUGAUGCGGAGGGUUCUGGUGAUGAUGAAGAUGAUGGAGACGAUGAUGACGAUGAUAUAGGUAUCUCGUCUCGAGAGACCUCUUCUCGUGUUAUUAGUUUUACUAGGCGAGCUUUAACCUUUUCUCUGUGUGUCUUGUUGAAACCCGAGGCCAAUGAUUCUCGGCUUGAUCGAUUCCGGUCUCUUGUCCCCAAUUCCUGGGAUUGGGCUGCUAUCGUUGCUGAUGGGUACUCGGGCGGUAUUAUUGCUUUGUGGAAUAAGAAUAUUGGCCAAGUUACUCCUAUUGCCGUCUCUCGUCGUGCUUUACAUCUUGUUAUUUCUUUAGAUAAUGUUUCUAGUGUCAUUGUUUUAAUUGUUUAUAACUCCCAUCUUCUUCAUGCCCAGUGUUCUCUUUGGCAGGAGCUCUCUAAAAUCUCUACUCUCAAUUUUCCUUGGCUUUCUAUUGGCGACUUCAACGUUGUUCUCUCCAGAUCUGAGCAUAAGGGUGGUUCGUAUAUUUACUAUUCUCGUAGAUCCAGAUUUUUUCUUAAUUUUGUUGAUUUGAAUAAUUUAUUUGAUCUUAAUUUUUCUGGCCCGGAGUUCACCUGGUGUAAUAAUCAGUUAGGUCCUUCACGUCGUUGGGCCAGACUUGAUCGUGGGCUUGUGAACUCCUGUUGGUUGGAUAAAUUUUCUGUUUACUCUCUUAAGCACCUUCCUAGAGUUCUCUCUGAUCAUGCUCCUCUUUUUCUUAAGAUUUCUUCUCAUUAUAAUUCUAGACAUAAGAUUUUUAGAUUUGAAAAUUACUGGCUUGAUUAUAUUGGUUGUCAUGAAGCGGUUAGGAAUGCUUGGUCUUGCGCAACUAAUGGUAAUCCUAUGCAUGCUUUCUCGCAUUAUAUCUCGCGUACUCGUUUUAAUAUUAAUACUUGGAAGCGUACUGGUCUCAGCUCUCUUGAUUCUGAUAUUAAUAGUACUGAAGCUUCUAUUACUUCUUUAGAACUUGCUGAUGUUAAUGAUCCUGAUGUUUUUGCUGAGUUGUCAGAUCUCUAUGCCAAGUUCGCCUCCCUCCAACGCCUUGUGUCUUUGCGUUGGGCCCAACGUGCUCAUCUCCUUUGGUUGGAUAAUGGUGAUCGUAAUACUGCUUUUUUCCAUAACACGCUUCGUAUCCGUUCCCAUUUUAAUGCUAUCUCUCAGAUUAUUAAUUUGGAUGGCAUUACUGUUUUUGAGCAUGCAGAUAUUGACAAUGCUUUUGUUCAAUAUUAUUCUAAUCUCUGGAAUGCUCCCAAUGAUUGUGAUUUCCCCAAUAUUCUUACCUCUUUCCCGGGUGAGCUUCCUUCAAUUUCUGAUGACGAUGGAAGGAGACUCAUUAGGGAGGUUACUGGUGAGGAGAUUUAUCGCAUUGUUCUCGAUCUUCCUUCUGGUUCUUGUCCAUCUUCCUCGUCCAAUUGUUUGGCUGCGGAGCUCACUGCUUUGUUACAUGCUCUCCAAUUUGCUGCUUCUGGCAUGUACACAAUCCAAUACAUUUUUGUCUCCAAUCUGGAUGUUCUCCAUGCGUUACAUACUACUGAUACUACUUGCUCAUGGCGGCAUCGACAUCAGAUCAAUUCGGCCAAUGAUCUUCUCUUGACGGCUGGCUCUCCUCAACUCAUCACUCGUGCCUCCUCUGUGGAGCUCUUCCCUAAAAAUAUGAUCCUUCUCUCUGUUUAUUGGCGUUCGGAGUAUAGGUUAACAACCGAUCUCACUCCAAUUAAUCUUGUUUUCCCUAGUUUUUCCGAAUUGGCUUGGGCUAAGGUUCAAGGGCAUAGUUUGCAAGUUGAUCAUUGCCGAAUAGAAUAUAAUCCGCAGGUCCCAUUCAAUGCAACCGGUUUAGUGGUCGUAGAGAUCCAUGAUGAGCGGGUGGAUAUAGGGCAUACAUUGCAGGCUGAGUAUUGCUUUCCAAUAGCAUGUCAGAUUGAUCUUAAUUAUUAUUCGAGCUCUUAUUUCUCUGUCCAUGAUCCUAUACCUUUGAAAGCUUUCUAUUACGUACUUGAUUCAAAUGUCAAGGUAGGAUCACAUUUCACAAAAUUCAAGGGAUUAUUAAAACUAGCUGCUGCUAAGAAAUCAAAUAAUAUCCUAUAUCGAGGUCCGUCCGUGAAGAUUCAUUCCCCGUCUUUCACCAUGGAUGAUAUUGAUUUUAAACAUGUUGCUAAGGCCCCUGUUUCUAGAGCCAUUUGUCGAAGUACAUCAACUCUUCCGACUUUUGAUCGUUUCUUGCUUUUACCUGGUGAAUCAUACCUUGACAAGGUCUCAACAAUGGUCAUGGAACAUGGCCUUUCUGGGAAUGGGCCAACGGUCACAGAGGUUAUUGAUGUUGGGCUAUCUAUUUCAGAGGUCGGAUGUUCAAGUUCUUCUGCCGGACGUGCAAGUAUUUCAAUGGGUCCAGAUGAUCUUGGUGUUAUUAUUGGAAAAUCUAUCUCUGAAGCUAUAGCAGUACUAUGGAAUGGAAAUACCUUGCCGCUUCAAUCAAAACAAAUAUGA